ACCCCCUAUAAACCCGACUGAAGAAGAAGCUAGCCAUAAGUCUCCUCCGUUUAUGACAUCUUACUUUGUUUUGAGAUUGCUUUCUAAAAAUAUAUAUCCAAACUAUGUCUUCCUCUGAUGUUGCUCGGCAGCUGACAUUACUCUGGGGGAGAGUCUGUUGAUGUGUUAUGUUGUGUUCCUGACAUGAUAAGGGAGCACAUCCCCUCUCUCUGUCUGGCCAUGUCGGGUUUGACAGCCUUCCAGACCAGCUGGUCAACAAGUCCACCUGCCAAGGCUUCUGUUUCAACAUCCUCUGUAUAGGUGAGACUGGUAUUGGUAAGUCGACCCUGAUGGACACACUGUUCAACACUAACUUUGAGAACUGUGAGUCGUCCCACUUCGAGCCACAGGUGAAGCUGCGAGCCCAGACAUACGACCUGCAGGAGAGUAAUGUCAAACUCAGACUCACAGUAGUCAACACUGUUGGCUUUGGAGACCAGAUGAACAAACAGGACAGCUACCAGCCGGUGGUGGACUAUAUAGACCGUCAGUAUGAGACUUAUCUCCAGGAGGAGCUGAAGAUCAAGAGAAGCCUCCAUAACUACCACGACUCCCGGCUCCAUGCCUGUCUCUACUUCAUAUCGCCCUCCGGACACUCCCUCAAGUCCCUGGACCUACUCACUAUGAAGAAACUAGACAGCAAGGUGAACAUCAUCCCAGUGAUAGCCAAGGCGGACACCAUCUCUAAGAGUGAGCUGCACAAGUUUAAGCUCAAGAUCAUGAGUGAGCUGGUCAGUAACGGAGUUCAGAUCUACCAGUUCCCUCUGGACGAUGAGACUGUAGCCAAGGUUAACACUACCAUGAAUGGCCACCUGCCGUUUGCUGUAGUGGGUAGUACAGAGGAGAUGAUGGUGGGGAACAAAAUGGUGAAGGCUCGCCAGUACCCCUGGGGCGUAGUGCAAGUGGAGAACGAGAGUCACUGUGACUUUGUGAAACUGCGUGAAAUGCUGAUCUGUGUGAACAUGGAGGACCUGAGAGAGCAGACUCACACACGUCACUAUGAACUGUACCGCCGCUGCAAGCUAGAGGAGAUAGGCUUCAGAGACACAGACCCUGAGAGCAAACCUGUCAGCCUUCAGCAGACAUAUGAAGCAAAGCGUACAGAGUUUCUGGGGGAACUUCAGCGGCGAGAGGAGGAGAUGAGACAGCUGUUUGUCCAGAGAGUCAAAGAGAAGGAGGCUGAACUCAAAGAUGCUGAGAGAGGGCUGCAGGGAAGGUUUGAGCAGCUGAAGCGGUUGCAUGCGGAGGAGAGGGGUGCGUUGGAGGAGAAGAGACGAGUUCUAGAGGAGGAACAAAGUUCCUUCAGUAAGAGACGAGCUGCAGCCCAGCUACUGCAGGCCCAAAACCUUAAUGCUAACGGGAAGAAGGACAAGGACCGCAAGAACUCUGGGUUCAUGUGAAGAUCAGCGUGAUUUGGAUCAAAACAACCACUGGCAUCUAGUCCUCUAUUCUGCCCUCGUUGGCUAGAUUCUGGCGCUAAGUAGAAAGUAAUUUCACAGAGCCUGCUUACUUUAAAUGUCUUACUUUAUAAAGAAAGGAACAACAAUAAGCAUUUUAAAACUGACUGUACUCUCAACAGCCCGUAAGACAUCAGUCUUCAGAUGUAAGUUAUGAGGCUCACGUGUUAUUCCUGUUCGGUUUGCUUCAGUGUUUCUCCUAUGAUUUCUUUCAGCAGCGGUGGCAAAGUUAUUCGGGGGUGUGGCCAAUGGUGUGGUUUUAGAGGCCCUCUUGGCAUCAGAUAAUGUUGCUCUUUUAAAGUUAAUUUCCUACAAUUCUACACAUUUUGCUAUGGCUUGUGCCAUUUUAUGCAAUCUGAGUGACUCAAACAUUGUAACAAAAUCAAUGGGUGACAUGUAAUUUUACAUUCUCCCUGACUGUCAAGUUUAUUUUGAGUGUUAGUUCUCAAAGAUCUUACUGGGAGAAAAAAAUAUAUUGCUUAUAGCUGUUGCUAUUCUGGUUUUGGUGGUUUAAGUUUAUAUAAAAAAUGUUUUACCAUCCAGAAAACUAUUUUAAAAAACAAUAUAAAAUAAUAUUGUGCCACUGCUAAAUGCACACGUAGGGGAAACACUGCGACACAUUAUGUUAUUUUAUACUUCAUUUUAGUGGCAUUUUGCUUUAUAUAUCCCUGUAUUUUAUAUCUCCCUCUAUUAACCCCUGCAACUAUAGGUCAGCAGUAGCCUUGCAGUUUUGCCAAUGAAUUCCCUUUUUACUUGCUUUACACUUUACUGACUGUUUCACUACCAUUUAUUAGUAAAUAAUUAUUAAUUGGGUUGUAAUUUAUUUAGGAAUUGGAUGGGAUUUAUGUAAAUUUACACUCGUUAGGUAUAUUCAUUUUCCUUCUUAGGGAGAGUUUAACUAAUGAUUAUUUUCCAGUGAAACAUAAUGCUAUGCCAAACUGAAACACUUGAGUGCUUAAAGUCUUUGUGUGCCUUACAUGUGAUAUUUAUAUGGACUCACUAUAGACCAGCACCGAUCAGGGUACUGUUUACACAAGUGAUGUCAUGUUUUAACUACCCCAGUCUGACUCCUCUUCAUUCCACUGUCCCUUCACUCAUUUGGCAUGCAUUUGAUAAAAAGUGUUAUUGGGGAAAGAUUUUAAUGUUUAACAAUAGUAUUUUUCAUAAGUUAUCUUUUAAACCAGUGUCCUAUGCAUUGUGUGCAAUUUGUUAUCAGUUUUAAAUAAAUAAAUUGUCUAUGUAGUGAAACUGACCUGCAGUAUUAUACAUUUUUCCAACAGUAUUUCUCAUUAUUUAUAUAAAAGCAGUUAAAACUCUG